GCCUACAGCGUGCGAGGGUUUCUAGAGGCCUUCUGGAAGAUAAUAAGCCCCAGGAAAGCUUGCCUCGAUCCUUACCAGUGACUGCCCUGCCCGCCAUCCCACACCCGUGAUCUCUCCUCCCGCACCCGUCCCCUCUCCUGCGCAUCCUCACCGCGCUCCUGCUGCUGCCAGCCCCAUACGGUGCAGCCUGCAAUUGCGUCCCCUAUUCACCAUCCAUCUCGACGAGCCCCCACUCGUCUCUCGCGCUGACGCUACGUUCUCGCGGGCCCUCGCAGCACAACUGCCUCCAUCCCUGCACGUCUCGCGACCGACGUCAAAGAGCUGCGCUUGACCCCUCACCACCACCGCCCUCAUGUCCCUCCCUCCUGACUACUCCAACGAGAUCGCCACGCUCGACCGCGAAAUCCUCUCGCACAAGCCCCACGACAUCCUCCAGUUCUGCGCAAACUUCUUUAACCGCCGUCUCGAGUCGCAGCGAACCGAAUACCUGCUGUCGCAACAGCACUCCAGUCCCCAAGGCCGUGCCGAGAACUCGUUUCCCGGCAACAACCCCUUCAGCACCUCGCCCAGCAGCGGCAGCGGCUUCACCAAAUCCACCAUGCAGCGUCUCGAAGAGGAGGAGGAGAACGACACCAUGACGUCGCCCACGGCCUCGACCUUUGGAGCUAUCGACUUCAACAGGUCCCGCUCCGCCAACAACAACGACGCGGGUGCGAGCGCAUUCGGCGACUUUGGCGGCUUUGGCGGUUCCUCAAAGAACAACAUCACCCAGAUGCCGCCUCUGUCGGGCGAGGGCCAGAACUUCCCCAGCAACUACAACACCAACCGACGCACCUCUGUCUCCGCCGAGUCGCUCAACCCCGCCUCAAGCGCCGCCGACAACUUCACCCCGCCAUUCCACCAGAAGACGCAGGACCAGCUAUCGCGCCUCAAGUCGGCCGUCUCGGGCAACUUCCUCUUUUCACAUCUCGACGACGACCAGUCGGCAAUGGUCCUCGGCGCGCUGCACGAGAAGCCCAUACCCACAAAAGGCAUAAAGGUCAUCUCACAAGGCGACGUCGGAGACUACUUCUACGUCGUCGAGAAGGGCGCCUUCGACAUCUACGUCAACAAAUCAGGCAAGGUCGAGGCUGGCAUGGAUGGAGUUGGCGAUAAAGUAGGCUCCGUCGGCCCAGGUGGUUCCUUUGGUGAGCUAGCUCUCAUGUACAACGCCCCGCGUGCUGCAACAGUCACCUCGACAGAGUCAUCUACACUCUGGGCACUAGAUCGCAUCACCUUCCGCCGUAUCCUCAUGGACAGUGCUUUCCAGCGCCGCCGCAUGUACGAAGGAUUCCUGGAAGAAGUUCCUCUGCUGUCUACCCUGACUCCCUACGAGCGCUCAAAGAUCGCCGACGCUCUCGAAACCAAGAAAUACCCCCCUGGCACAACCAUCAUCCAGGAAGGUGAUGUCGGCGAAUCUUUCUUCCUGCUUGAGUCUGGCGAGGCCCAGGUCUUCAAGCGCGGCGUAGACAGCGCCGUCAACCAAUAUAAGAAGGGCGACUACUUCGGUGAGCUAGCGUUGCUCAACGAUGCUCCUCGCGCUGCCUCAGUUGUCAGCAAGACCGAGGUUAAGGUCGCAACACUCGGAAAGAACGGCUUCCAGCGACUUCUUGGGCCCGUCGAGGGUAUCAUGAGACGGAACGAUCCCAGCAAGGCUGCUUUCGAAGGCGAUCAUGUGGAUCCGCUAUCCAAGACUUCAUAAGCGUGUUCUUGCAGGGUUAGAAAGACAGAUUGCGCCACUCACACGGGAGGUGAGCGACACUGUCAUACACAGAUGGAAGACCAGGGCGUGGACAAUUGCGGCCGGGUGUGGUCUUGUCACUCUUCGGCGUUCUCGCAUGUAUUCCUACACUUCCUACUGUCACUAAACUUCGCUUAAUGCCAUGGAAGAUGAUACAGCUUCCUCCCAGAUCAGGAACGAGCUCUGGUAUGAGCUGCUCUGUUACCUAUACUCCACUGCGUACGAUACUCAUGCUUUAGACUUGUACUCUCAUGCUUCCCUUGGGCGACUAUGAAGAUGUGACGUAUUAUAUAAGUUGCCAGGAAAUUUCCACGAUGGUUUCUGCAUCACUCCA